UUAUCAUUUUUGUAAAUGAGCUAUAAAUAAUUACGACUUGAAUAUUUUGAUAAUUAAAUUAGAAUUGAGUUUUCUUUUUAAUUCUUACGGGAUUCUUUUAAGUAGAUUUGAGAAUUUUCUGUCCGGAUUAGACUGGUAACACUAUAUCUCAUCCAUUCCGCUGCAUCAUAUGCAUAAUGGCAUCAUCGUAUAUGGCAUUUCAAGUGAGUUGCUCUAUUCAAGGGAGGCCCUCUUUACCUGCCAACUAUGAGAACUUGAAGACAACAUUCUCUUCACUUGUCAAGCCAUUGUUGAGAUCAGCAGUGCAACAAGUAGAUCAUGUCUCGAAAACCAUCAAGAAUGGUACGGCCAAAAUGUUGGAUGACUUUGUUGAUUCGGCGUUUGAAUUUGUUGAUCAACCAUUGCUACCGUCUCAGAGCAACUUUGCGCCGGUUGAUGAGCUUGGAGGACCUGUUGUUAUCAACAACGUUAAAGGAAACAUUCCCGAUAAUUUUCCCGAGGGUGUCUACAUAAGAAACGGAUCAAACCCUCUGUUUGGAGGAUUAAAAUCAACGAAAUCGGUAUUCGGAAAGUCAAAUCACACUUGGGUAGAAGGAGAAGGAAUGCUUCAUGCUCUGUACUUUAGUAGAGACGAUGAUCGCAAUCGGACUCUCCACUAUAACAACAGAUAUGUUGAAACAGAAACUUUCAAGCAAGAUAAACAAAGAACUAAGCCAUCUUUUAUUCCCAUCAUGGAAGGCGAUGUAACAGCUGUUAUAUCUGCUAUUGUGCUCAACUUGAUGAGAUACGGUAAAAUAGUCAAAUACUUGAGCAAUACCAAUGUGUUUGAGCAUUCAGGGAAGGUAUAUUCCGUGGCAGAAGAUUACAUGCCUCAAGAGAUUGAUAUUUCCACAUUAAAAACAUUAGGCAAUAUGGAUCUCUCUGGCGCUUGGAACAGAGCUUGUACAAGUCAUCCAAAGAUAGCUCCUGGCACUGGAGAGUUGGUUAUAAUUGGAAUGGACGCAAUUAAACCUUAUUAUGAAUUGGGCGUAAUUUCCGCUGAUGGAAAGGAAUUAGUUCAUAGAGCGGAUCUUAAACUCGAUCGGUGUACAUUUAGCCAUGACUUUGGUAUUACAGAGAGGUACAAUGUGUUCAUGGAUUUUCCACUUACUAUAGACUUAACGAGAUUUUUACUGGGAGGAACACUUAUGAAAUACAACAAGGAAGAGUAUGCUAGGAUUGGGGUAAUGCCUCGCCAUGGAGAUGGAGAUUCAAUCAAAUGGUUUGAAGUUGAACCGAAUUGCACAUUUCACAUCAUUAAUUGUUUUGAAGAUGGCGAUGACGAGGUUGUGGUGUGGGGUUGUAGAUCUCUUGAAUCAGUCAUACCAGGACCAGGUUUAGGUCCAAGUAAAGAAAAAUUUGAUACCUCGAUCAAAGAUGGAUUACUAUACGAUCGCCCUUACGAAUGGCGAUUAAACAUGCAAACUGGAAAAGUUAGGGAGAGAAAUCUCACGGCUGACACAGAAUUUUCCAUGGAUUUUCCCAUGAUCAAUCCAAGUUUUACUGGUCUCAAGAACAAAUUUGGUUACACACAAGUUGUUCAUGAUUCUAGGGAGAGCUCUCCGACCGAAGAUAAUAUGCCCAGAUUUAGUGGUCUAGCAAAGCUACAUUUUGAACAGCUAGAUGAAAGGUUUUCAACGACAACAAGAGAGAUUGAAGAGGUGCUAAAAGUGGAAUACCAUAUGUUUGAGGAGAACACUUUUUGUACUGGAGCUGCUUUUGUCGCUAAGAAAGGAGGUCUUGAAGAAGAUGAUGGUUGGAUUGUCACUUUUGUUCACAAUGAAGCGACCAACAUAUCUCAAGUUUUUCUGAUCGAUGCACAAAAAUUCUCCGGUGAGCCCGUUGCCAGAAUUACAUUGCCAUGUAGAGUUCCAUAUGGAUUCCAUGGAGCUUUCAUACCAAUCUCACCAUAGCUUAACUUAGCUAAUUAGAGCAUUACGCAUUAAGUAGCUAGAUUCAUAGUUUCAACGUUUUCAUAUAAUGCAAAGACUAUACCUAAUUAAAACUUUGUAUUGCAGCAAAUGGACAAUAUUUUCUUAGUUUUUUUUUUUUUUUGGCUAUUUAUUUCUAAUUAAGUUAGUCAUGUUGUUUCAUAGAUCAAGAGCGGAAUGUUUAAUAUUAAAAAUAUGUAAGCCAAGCCAAAGAGUUGGUUAUGGCGAUAUGCAAUAUCAUGAGUGCCGAGUUACCCUUU